CAUCCAACGACGAUUUAUGACUACAUUCACGGAAUCGUCGAUAGCCUACAGUUGCGAUGUUGAACUGCACAGGUAAUUACUUCAUCGGAAUCUAAUCAUUAAAGUAAUUUUGUAGGUUAUUUUACUUAACAGCCUGGGACUUGCAAGUCAUUAUAAACUAUAUAUCCUAUACAAAUUAGUCAUCGGGAAAUUCAUGGCGACGCGUGGCUCCGCACAGAUGCCUAUUCGCAGUUAAUACACGGGUAUGUAUAUAUAGGUUAAUAUCGUGUUGAAGCAGGUUGCUGUCUUCGGAAAUGAUGUGUGCGGCGUUUUUAUCACUUUAAAGCGCCGAAGGCGUCCAGCUCAGCGGCGGCGGCAGCGAGCGCAUAGGAAGCUGGAGCAGCUGCCUUUCGGGAAUUCGUUUGUCUUUAAGCAGCAAAUAUUUAGAUCCCUAAUUCCGCUCGGUUUUAUCACUGUGUACCAUCGAGCCAAUUCGGAGACUUAGACCGGCCGGGGUGGCUGGCGGCCAGGGCGGCGAGGGAGGCUGCGCUUCGGACGUGGACAUUCAUUCCGCUCCGGCCGCGAUCCGGUCCCUGUUGCUGCGCUAAGCAUUUUCAACUACAGCAGGGGCGAGUUGAAGCGAAGCCCUUGUGUGAGGAGAGAAGAGCCACUAGAUGUUUUUCCCUGCUACAAAUUUCCCCGAAGAAGAGAAGAGAGCGGAACCGAGGGUCUGGGACUGGAUCUCCCAUUGGAUUUAAGAAAAGCGGAUUGUUUAAAUAUCAUCAGCAACUGUUUGCUGCGGCCAUUCAGCGGGUGCGCUUUGCACUCUCUCUCUCUCUCUCUCUCUCUCCCCCCCCCCAUCACCUUGCUACCCCGUUGCUAAAUAAACAGCUAUACUUGUUUUCUAUGAAGUAUUUGGAUACACCGCCAUCGCCCAUUCAUUUGUAUCUUUUAUUUAAAAAGUCAAAACUGCGCCGCUGAAAGCUCCGAAAAAAAGGGAAGAAGACGGCGGACUGCGCCGGGUGGUACGCGCUCAGAAAUCUGCAUGUAGUUUCCAGAGAUACUAAGAAAGCUCAUUUUAAAAAUACUUGCAUAUUAAGUGAUAUCUCGAGCGGGGGGAAAUAAAAACCAGCGAAGCCGGACACACAGACUGAUGCGCAGGAGGCAGGCUGCCUGCUCUGAGCCCAUAACGUUCAGCGAGGCCCUGUGAUGUGGAGGACCUGCCCAGUAGCUGAGUGACCACUUCUGGCCUGAACACUUUGCUGCGAUCUGGGAUGGAUUAGAGACCAGCACCUCCAGAGGUCAAAGGUGGCUGUGACAGGGGGACUCCCAGGGCAGGACCCAUGAGGAGUCAUAGAAGAUGCUCGCAGCCUGGGCGCCUCUGCUCCUCGUAGUCAUGGCGAUGAGAAGCACCUCCAGCCUCCCACUGUCCCUGCGAAUCGCCGCCAUCUUGGACGAUCCCAUGGAGUGCAGCCGGGGGGAGCGGCUGGCCAUCACCUUGGCCAAAGAGGGAAUCAACCGAGCCAGCAACCGCUCCACCACGGGCAAGCUGGAAGUGGACAUCUUCGAGCUUCUAAGGGACAGCGAGUACGAGACCGGGGAGACCAUGUGCCAGAUCGUCUCCAAGGGUGUGGUGGCAGUUCUGGGUCCCUCUGCUAGCCCGGCCUCCAACUCCAUCAUCAGCAACAUCUGCGGAGAAAAAGAGGUGCCUUACGUGAAGGUGGCCCCUGAGGACGCCCUGAAGGUGCAGUUUCCCCGGUUCACCACCUUGGACCUGCGGCCCACCAACACCGACGUCAGCCUGGCAGUGGCCAGCCUGCUGGGCUUCUUCAACAACACCAUGGCCUGCCUGGUCUGCGCCAACGCCGACUGCCUGCUGAACCUUGAGAGACUCUUGCGUCAGUUCCUCAUCUCUAAGGAGACGCUCUCAGUGCGCAUGCUGGACGAUAGCCAGGACCCCACGCCACUCCUUAAGGAAAUCCGUGAUGACAAGGCUGCCACCAUCAUUGUGGAUGCCAACCUUACCAUGUCCCACAUCAUCCUGGAGAAAGCCUCUGACUUGGGGAUGCUCACGAUCUACUAUACCUACAUCUUCACGUCGCUGGAAUUCUCUCUACUGCAGCUGGACGACGUGGUGGACCAGCGGGUCAACAUCGUGGGCUUCUCUGUCUUCAAUCGCAGCCACCCCUUCUUCCAAGACUUCCUCCUCAGCCUUAAUCGCUCCUGGCAGGAGAACUGUGACCACGCCCCCUUCGCCGGGGCUCCGCUGUCCUCGGCGCUGAUGUUUGACGCGGUGUAUGCCGUGGUGGCGGCCGUCCAGGAGCUGAACCGCAGCCAGAAUGUCGGUGCCACGCAGCUCUCCUGCAAGUCCUCCAGGAUCUGGGAGCACGGUACCAGCCUGAUGAACUACCUGCGGAUGGUAGAAUUGGAUGGUCUCACAGGGCACAUCGAGUUCAACAGCAAGGGCCAGAGAUCCAACUACGCCCUACGGGUCAUGCAGAGCACCAGAGACGGGCUAAGGCAGAUCGGGCAAUGGCACUCAGAGCAGGGCCUAUCCAUGGACCAGAGACUGUACUCCCCCAACGCCACCGACACGCUGCGAAACGCUACGCUCACCAUCACCACCAUCCUGGAGAAUCCAUAUGUGAUGCUGCGGGAGAACCACCAGGACCUGGAGGGUAAUGAGCGCUAUGAGGGCUUCUGUGUGGACAUGCUGAGGGAGCUGGCCCACAUCCUCAGAUUCAACUACCGCAUCCAGCUGGUGGGCGAUGGGGUCUACGGCGUCCCGGGGGCCAACGGCACCUGGACGGGCAUGGUGGGCGAGCUCAUCUCACGGAAAGCUGACCUGGCUGUGGCCGGACUGACCAUCACAUCAGAGAGGGAGAAGGUCAUCGACUUCUCCAAGCCAUUCAUGACCCUGGGCAUCAGCAUCCUGUACAGAGUGCACCUGGCCCGCAGACCUGGAUACUUCUCCUUCCUGGACCCGUUCUCCCCCGGAGUCUGGCUCUUCAUGCUGCUCGCCUACCUAGCCGUCAGCUGUGUGCUCUUCCUAGUGGCCAGACUUACUCCUUAUGAAUGGUACAAUCCUCACCCCUGCCAGAGAGGGCGCUGUAACCUGGUGCUCAACCAGUACUCCCUGGGCAACAGCUUCUGGUUUCCUGUGGGGGGGUUCAUGCAGCAGGGCUCUGCUAUCGCCCCCCGAGCUCUGUCCACACGUUGCGUCAGUGGUGUCUGGUGGGCCUUCACACUCAUCAUCAUCUCCUCCUACACGGCCAACCUGGCCGCCUUCCUCACCGUGCAGAGGAUGGAGGUGCCCAUCGAGUCUGUGGACGACCUCGCUGACCAGACGGCCAUCGAGUACGGCACCAUGCACGGCGGGUCCACCAUGACAUUCUUUCAGAACUCACGGUACCAGACGUACCAGCGCAUGUGGAACUACAUGCACUCCAAGCAGCCUGGCGUGUUUGUGAAGAGCACGGAGGAAGGGAUCGCUCGCGUCCUCAACUCCAACUACGCCUACCUGCUGGAGAGCACCAUGAACGAGUACCACCGGCAGCGCAACUGCAACCUCACGCAGAUCGGCGGCCUGCUGGACACCAAGGGCUACGGCAUCGGCAUGCCACUGGGCUCUGUGUACCGGGACGAGUUUGACCUGGCCAUCCUCAAACUCCAGGAGGACAACCGGCUGGAGAUCCUCAAGCGGAAGUGGUGGGAGGGAGGGAAGUGUCCCAAGGAGGAAGACCACCGUGCCAAAGGACUGGGCAUGGAAAACAUCGGGGGGAUCUUUGUGGUGCUGGUGUGUGGCCUGCUCGCGGCCAUCUUCAUCGCGGUGGUGGAGUUCUCCUGGAUGCUUCGCCACUCACACGGGACAGAGCUGUCCGUGUGUGACGAAAUGCUGCAGGAGCUGCGUGGGAUCGUGACGUGCCGGGACAGCUUGCAGCUGCGGCGGCGGAGGGGCCCAGGCGGGGCGCCGCGGACGAGGCCCCUCCUUCCCGAGGAGCCCGGGCGGCUGCGGGCGGUGACCAGCCUCAGCAAUGGCAUGGUGUGUGGGGCGGGGGCCGCGGCCGGCGUGCCCGAGGUGCUCGCCCACAGACUGGCUCAGGAGGCCGCCCUGGUGGCACGGAGCUGCGGCCACGCCCGCAUCUGCCCCGAGUGCCGCCGUUUCCAGGGGUUACGGGCACGUGUGGCGGGAGCAGCCGGGGCCUCACCCACCCACAGCGAGGGCAGCUUCGAGUGGGAGAAGACCAUUGACGUCGGGGAGCCCGAGUAGACCGCACGAUCACCCCCCUCCCCCUCCCGUUUGGUCUGUUCCGUUUCCCUGGGCACUCUGAGGCAGGUACUGUAGCAGGUGGGUGGGCUCAGGGAGCUCUACAGCAGACUGGACCGUACCACACCUCCUGGGGGAGUGUCCAACUCUGUGCCCACUGUCUCCCCAGGGCUCUGGCAGUCUUGCCCAUGAGGAGCAUCGUACUAUGCAGUAUCUCUCUUUGCUUUGUCGCUGUUGUUUAUUUUCCAUCGGGUCCGUCAUCUGCCGAUGCAGAUAUUCGUCACUGCGGUUUCGGUAUUACUGCUGUCCCCAUCGCCUAUUAUUAGCAUAAGCAUCGUUGUUCAUUUUUUCUUUUUUUUUUACGAUCUACGGACACACUUUCCGACUGAGAGCUGCAGAAACCGACCGGGGAGAGGGAGGAGACUUCGAAUCACUCGUUCGGUUUUAAAAAGUGCCAAAAACUGUGUGUGAACCCUGUGCUGUGGAACCGAGUCGCAUCGCAGCCCCGACGGAAACGGCGAGUGGACGGAACACGAUGUGCACA